ACAGCAACCUGAGCAACAGUAACCCGCAUCAGUCGUCUCGUCCGAGAGUGAGAAGGAUGUUCCUGCGUCGGAUGAUGGUUGCAGGGCCGCUGUUGGCGAAGUUGAAGGAGACGACAGGGAUAGUAGGGCUGGACGUGGUCCCCAACGCACGGGAGGUUCUCAUUUCACUGUACACGCGCACCCUCCAGGAGAUCAAGGCCGUCCCCGAGGAUGAGGGCUACCGUAAGGCCGUGGAGAGUUUCACCAACCACCGCCUCAGGAUCUGCCAGGAGGAGGGCGAUUGGGAGCAGAUCGAGAAGAAGAUCGGUUGCGGGCAGGUCGAGGAGCUCAUUGAGGAGGCCCAAGACGAGCUCAAGCUCAUUGCCAAGAUGAUCGAAUGGGAUCCAUGGGGUGUCCCUGAGGGGUAUGAAUGCGAAGUCAUUGAGAAUGAUGCUCCAAUUCCAAAGCAUGUUCCUCAACACCGACCAGCCCCUCUCCCAGAAGAGUUUUACAAGACACUGGAGGCAGUUAUGUCUACUCCAGCGGCCGCAAAGAAGGAUGAGCUGCCAUCUACCUCUUCUUCUCAGUUGAAGGAAUGACUUCUGUCAGCAGUCUUUUCUAUUGUAAGGAAACAUAAAUACGGUUUAUGCUGUAUGUGGUUUCAGCAUUUUUAUUGUUGUGUUUGUCAGUGAAUAACCCACCCUUUUCUGAGGAAAAUUCUGUACUCUUUGGAGAAGAAAAACAAGUCACUGCUUUUAGGAAUAUGUAGUAAUUUUUCAUUUUAUUUUCUUAA